AUGCCCUACACAUUUGACUGGGUUACCAAGGAUGUGGUCAAAAAGCUUCAAGGAAAAGAUCUGAGGCCUGUCAAACGCCUUUCAGAUGCAACCAAAUUCCGCCAGUUUGACAUACUGCAGAAGACUGCUCAAUCAUUGUUUUGGAAAUCUGAAGAUACUCCGGUUGGAUAUUCCCUCCUGCAGAUCUUGGAGCCAAAUUUUUCUGUCCCAGAGACUGAGGUGUCAACUCCCAUCCCCCUCAAACACACUGUAUCCCAGAAACUGAAGACUAAUGUGGAUGUUAAAGUCAUUGCAGAAGGAAGCGCAUCAGCAGAGUUUGUUCAGUCCUGUGGAUACGACAUUGAGGUUCAGAGUACCAGUAUCCCAGAAUCAAAACUGGAAAGUCUUCAAAACAUGAAACUGUUGGAUCAGGAGCCAUCAUUUGUGAAGGACUGCCGGAUGGGAAGGAAAAACCUCUAUGUGGUGACAGAGGCCUUUGUAGUGACCAAGGAUACUGUGCUGGAAGACAGCAGCAGUGUCAACUUUUCAGGAAAAGUGCUUAUCCCCCAGUAUGUCAAGGGUCAAGCCCAGGGACAGUGGCAGAAGGAGACGACGAAUCCAGUGCCUAUCCGAAAGGGUGCGGUGUUGGCCUACAAGAAGAAGCAACUGGUCAUUGAGAAUAACACUUGUGCCAUUCUCCUUUCUGCUAAUGCUAAGAAGAAGACAUUCCUAGAAAUGCUUAAUAUGCAACCUAGAAGUGCUAUCCUUGCCCAACCCAUGAGAAUGAAGGCAGAAGAACUAAGCAUUGAGAUAGGCUUGUGGAUCAAUAACAUCUCUCCGAUUGGAAGGAUAGAGGAACCCUACCAUCAAGAUUUCAAUCGCCUACAAGAUGAGGUUUCCCUGCAAAUAGAGCAACUUGCCCUGCUCUCAAAGGAUGUUCAAGAUGUUGUGUUCUCCAGUCUCCUGCCCAUGCUGAGGAACAGGGAGGUCCUGCAUGACUUGAUGAACAUGCUGGAGUUGGAUCAGUUGGGGCAUAUGGAUGGUCCAGGUGGUGCAAUCCUAGAUGAGCUGCGAAAGGAUGCAAGCCCCCCAUGGAUUGACCUAAAGAACCUCAUUCUUUAUCUCCUUCAAGCCCUAAUGGUGCUGAGUGAUACCCAACUCGAUCUGCUUGCACAGUCUAUGGAGAAGAGGCUCCUCCUGCAACAACGAGAGCUGGUAAGAAGCAUCCUACAGCCAAACUUCAAGUAUCCCUGGAAUAUUCCCUUCACUCUCCAGCCACAGCUUCUUGCCCCACUCCAGGGCGAGGGCUUGGCUAUUACUUAUGAAUUGCUGAAAGAGUGUGGUCUGAAGAUGGAGCUGAAUAAUCCCAGGUCAACUUGGGAUUUGGAAGCCAAGAUGCCCCUGAGUGCCCUUUAUGGGAGCUUGUCAUUUUUGCAGCAACUUGUGGAAGCAUAA